AUGGGACAAACACAGGACAAGUUUGUGGACGAACAAAACGAAGAUGGUUCACAAGAUUCUUCUACUGUGGAAAACUCUGUGAUUACUGAAGCAUUUAAUGUUGCUUCGGAAUCCAUAGUUCACCAUGAUAAUGGUUUCUUAUCGCCCUCCAUAAAGGACUCUCAAUUAAAAGAAAAUUGUUCAAAUUCCGAAAUUGACGACUUAGAUCCUGGUGGUAACCGAAGUGAAAAGAAAAAGUCUUUCACUUCAGAUGGUAAUGAUCACAAGGAAUUUAUGGAAAAAAAUGAGAAUUAUAAUAUACGCCUAACUACCUCUACGAUAGAUUUUACAAAUAAUUCUCUCGCAAAUUCACUUUCAGGUUUAUCAAUUCGAGAUUCUUCCGAUUGCAUACCAACUGCAUCGGUUGUACAAGCGACAACUGUAAAAAACAUUUCACUAAAUAAAGAAUCUCCAAAUGGUGAUACUUGUUCAUCACCAUCAUCACCGCCACCACAAGAUAAAAAUGAAUCCAUUCAUAAAAAAACAUCCAAAGAAAUAAAAUCAACUUUAGCUGAUGAAUCUGAAUAUACAAUACCACCUGCUAUAGCUGAAGAUGUUUUAAGAGAAAUGUUAGCAAAUAAACCAAGUCAAGAUUUACUUGAAGAAUUAGAAUCAACACCGGUAAUUAUAAAUGGAAAAAAUGAAAAUUCUUCAUUAAAAUGUAAAGUUGAUUCGGUUACUCAUGAAAAAAAUGCGUGA